AUGUCUCCUUCACCACAACAACACACAUCCGAACUCCACGACGACAUUUUCGGCUCAGCACCAAACUCACCUACUCUUUCUCCUUUACAAAAUGACGACGACAGCAAUCUACAAAUCCCAUUACAAAGUCUCAACACGACGAAUUCAGAACGUUCGGAUAUCCCUCGUCUACGUAGCACACACGUAACAUCCGGCUACCGCGAUGGCAUAUCCGUCUCAAAAGCCUCACACGUGCAAUCUGGCUUCGACGAAGGCUUUUCACUGGGUGCUGUUAUAGGGCAGAAAGCUGGGUUUUUGCUUGGUGUGCUUGAGGGUCUUGUGCGUGCUAUCCAAUCUUCUUCUGCUGUUUCUGCAGAGGUCAAGGAAGAUGUUGUGGCGAAGUUUGUGGCGGCGAGAGGGGAGUUGGGGUUGCAGAGUUUGUUUGGGAGGGAGUGGUUUGGUGAGGAUGGGAUUUGGACGUUUGAGGUGGAGGGGGUGGAGGAGGAGGAUGUGACGUUCAGGGAUGUGGCGGAUGCACAUCCGGUGGUUGGGAAGUGGGUGGCGGAGGUUGAGGGCCUGAAGAGGAAGUUUGGGUUCGAGAUCAAGGCGAGGGAGAGGGUGGAAGAGGGAGAAGACGAGGAGACAACGUCUUGA